AUGGCGGACCGCAAGAAGAGAGAUCGCUACGCAGCAGGAACAGGAUACCAAUUCGGCGCGAAUACACAAGAGGCCGCCGCCCAAGCUGGAGGAGUCCCCCCACCUGUAGUACCUGGCUAUGGAGCUCCAGCACCUUCAUAUGGGGCACCAUCACCUGCCUAUGGCGCUCCUUCUCCUGGCUUCGGCGCCCCAGCUCCUGGCUACGGAGCGCCAGCCCAGGGCUAUGGACAGCCUAUGCCUCAAGAUCCGAAUGCCCUCAACCAACAGUUCAGCCAGAUGAACAUAGGCCAAGGACAAGCAGCCCCCCAAGUUCAGCAACCGGCCGCGGCUACCCAGCAGAACCAACUAUUCCCCUCGGACCUCAUCGCGCAGCCCUUCCACGUUUCGGAGCUAUAUAACCCUCCUCCUCCGAUCAACCUACCGUCCAAUGCCGCAGCUACCCCCUCCGAGUUCGCAAACGAGUCGAGUAAAUACCUACGAUGCACGCUCAACACCAUCCCUACAAACCACUCGCUGCUCAAGAAGAGCAAGCUUCCUUUCGCGCUCAUCAUAAGCCCGUAUGCUAGCUUGCACGACUCAGAGGACCCUGUGCCAGUAGUACACGACCAGGUCAUCAGUCGUUGUAGACGAUGCCGCGCCUACAUCAACCCUUUUGUCUCAUUCCUAGACCAUGGGCAUAGGUGGAGGUGCAACAUGUGCAACUUGACCAACGACGUUCCUCAGGCAUUCGAUUGGGAUGCCGCGCAGCAGAAGAGCGUAGACCGCUGGCAGAGACCCGAGCUCAACUACGCCGUGACCGAGUUCGUUGCGCCCCAGGAAUACAUGGUCCGCCCCCCACAGCCUCUGUGCUACUACAUCCUUUUGGAUUGUACACAGGGAGCAGUUAACAGCGGAUUGCUCGCUGUCGUCUCAAGGGUCAUCAAGGAGUCACUCGGUCGGAUACCAAACGCAGACGGUCGGACACGCAUCGGAUUCAUGGCCGUCGACAAUGGUCUGCAUUUUUUCGGUAUCCCCCCAGACAAUAGCGAAUCCAACGAACCACAACAGCUUGUGGUUUCCGACCUCGAUGAGCCCUACCUUCCCAUGCCCUCGGACCUCCUGGUCAGCCUCAGCCAAUGCCGCAACAACAUCGAAACCUUCCUUGACCGCCUUCCAACCAUGUUCCAGAACACACACGUCCCUGGAUUCGCGCUGGGUUCAGCUCUUCGAUCCGCACACAAGCUUAUCUCCCCACUUGGAGGAAAGUUGACCGUCAUUGCUGCAUCGCUACCCAAUGUUGGCCAUGCAGCACUGAGCCCCCGAGAGGACAAAUCAUUAUUAGGAACCGGGAAGGAAGGCAGUUUGUUGCAGCCUGCAAACAACUGGUACAAAUCAUUCGCGGUAGAAUGUUCCAAGAACCAGGUUUCAGUGGACAUGUUCCUAUUCUCUUCACAGUACCAGGAUGUCGCAACGCUGAGCAACCUUCCGCGAUUCACCGCUGGUCAGACAUACUUCUAUCCAGGAUGGAAUGCUGCAAGACAAGAGGAUGUUGUUAAGAUUGCAACUGAGUUGGCUGACUACCUAUCUGCUGAGAUCGGUCUAGAGGCUGUGCUCCGUGUGCGUGCUACCACGGGAUUGAGAAUGUCUGCAUUCUACGGAAACUUCUUCAACCGCUCGUCCGACCUCUGUGCCUUCCCAGCAUACCCCAGAGACCAAGCAGUGGUAAUCGAAGUCGCUAUUGAUGAGACGAUUUCCAAGCCGUUCGCCUGUCUCCAGGCUGCUGUGCUCCAUACUACCUCAAGUGGCCAGCGCCGCAUCAGAGUCUUGACUCUUGCUGUGCCUACAACUGAGAGCCUAGCAUCAGUCUAUGCAUCGGCAGACGCGCAAGCGAUCACAACUUACUUCAGUCACAAGGCGGUUGAGCGAGCAUUAUCAAGCGGUCUUGAUGCAGCGCGAGACGCGUUGCAGGCCAAGGUCAUAGAGAUCCUGUCAACCUACAGGAAGGAGUUGGCAGGCGGUAGUAUGGGCGGUGGUGGCCUACAGCUGCCACAAAACCUGCGUGCUCUCCCUAUACUGUUCCUUGGUCUUAUCAAGAACGUUGGUCUUCGCAAGAGCGCUCAGAUUCCGAGCGAUCUCCGAUCGGCGGCUCUCGAUCUCCUUUCUACACUGCCAUUGCGACUGCUUACACAGUACAUUUACCCAUCUUUCUACUCUCUUCACGACAUGCCUGAUGACGCUGGCGUACCGGAACCUACCACUGGUCAGAUUACAAUGCCACCUGCAAUGAACCUCUCCAGUGCAGCCAUCGUUCCGUAUGGUCUGUACCUCCUGGACGACGGUGUCAACCAGUUCUUAUGGAUUGGCCGUGAUGCUGUCCCAGCGCUCCUAAAUGAUGUGUUCGGCGUCGAAGACCGUACACAACUGAAGCAGGGCAAGACUUCAUUACCUCUUCUUGACAACGAAUACUCGGAGCGGGUCCGAGCUGUUGUGGAAAAGUCGAGAGAUCACAAGUCAAAGGGUGUAGGCUCGAUCACUCUACCUACGCUGUACAUCAUCAAGGAAGAUGGCGACCCAAGCCUCAAGCUAUGGGCGCAAACAUUACUCGUUGAAGACCGGGCAGACCAAGGAGAGAGCAUCGUUCAGUGGAUCAGCAAACUCCGGGAAAAGGUUGUGCAGUAA